AUGUCUAUGCCCAAGGAAUUCGAAAGUUUUUCGGAUCUGGUUCAAGAUGCUUUGGACGACUUUGGGCCCCAGGAUGAGUCUUAUUUUUACCGAGUCCUUGUUGAGACAGUGCAGAAGUUUGGCCCCUGGAGAAAGGAUCUUGUGCCAGACCUUGUGCUGAGUCCGACGUCACAUCUGCCCACUUUCAAAGCACGAUACACUUUCGAUUCAAGCCUAUCCGGUGGCACCCUUACAUUUGAUAAGAGCAACAGGUGGACCGUCCAGUACUGGUUAGGCAAUGUUAUAGAUCGCCUUACUGCAUUACGCAGGGAGCCCCCCAAUCUCCUUCAACUUGGUUCUACCUCCUGCCCCAUUCUUCCUGAUGCCCAAGUCCCCACUUUACAACACCUCAUCGACCAUGCGGUACAUCUAGAAACGAACUCCCAGCAGCUACGCCUAAUCAGUCACAUUUAUUAUUGUGCGGCCGCUCUGAGAGAGAUGUGUGAGGUAGGACCACUGGAGUUUUUUAAAGCGAAAUUCUGCCUCACCACCGAACGUUAUUCCUAUGUCAGCCCCCUCAUAAUGGCCAUAUUGGUCUCUCCGCUCGUCUUACUCCUUGACACCAAUCUCACGAACCCAUCUACCCUCCCCACCAUCAACAACUUGCUGUCAUACGCUACCUUGCAGGGGGGAUUCAGUGAGCCUCAGGGCCCUCACAAGUUACUCGAGGAUGCCCUUCUCAGCAUCAUAAUUUCUGUUUCAGAAACAGGUCGCGUGGGCGAUCCAGACCUUGACGUGCUUCGCAACGCAUGGAAAGCAGUUUUGCCAUUUAUUCCGGAGCCCACCAAUUAUGUCACUGCUCCUUCCCCCGAGAUUGAUGGGACAGAGGAGGAGGGCACGGGUGGGCAAGUCAGCGAGGCAGCGCAGACAAAUUCCACUGCCACUUCCUCCCAGCCCGCCAUGCCCACUUCACAGUCUGCUGCCCUCCUUCCCGCUGCGCCCACCUCCCAAUCUGCUGCACCCCCACCUGCCGCACCCACCUCCCAGUCCGCGCCCGCCAUGCCCACCUCCCAGUCCGCAGCCCCCCAGCCUGCCACACCCACCUCCCAGUCCACAGCCCCCCAGCCCGCUGCAGCCCCCCAGCCUGCUGCAGCCCCCAGCCUGCAGCACCCACCUCCCAGUCUGCUGCCCUCCCGCCCGCCGUUCCCACCACCUCCCAGUCUCUGUACCCAUAACUCCGACUCUCCGACUCUCAUAUUUAGAUCAGUAUCUUCUGCUUUGUUAUUUCCGUUUUGGUUCUAA